AUGGAUACAUUAUCUCAUGCUAAAUGUGUUAUUUGUAACGAUAGGGCUAAAGGUUAUAACUUCAAUGUCCUGUCCUGUGUUUCAUGUAAAGCAUUCUUCCGGAGAAAUGCGUUCAGAGAAGACUCGCUAUUAUGUCCAUUUGUGGGCAAAUGUAAUAUAACUUUGUUGACGAGAAAAUUUUGUCAAAAGUGUCGAUUAAAUAAAUGUUUUGCCAGUGGAAUGAUAAAGGAAAAACAAAAGCAAAAUAAAGACCACAUCAACACCUGA